GGCUGCUGUGGUGACUGCAUCUGAUCCUCGCAGACAGCAGAGAAUGUUGGUCUAGUUGCUCUGUGGCUCUCCGGUGCACAGCAGUAAAAUAAUGGAGGACUGUGAGCAGCUGUUGACCCCGAGGUCAGAGGAGGCGAGGCUGAAUGGCCACUGCAGGUGUGGCGCUCACACUCAGGGCCUGCAGGCGAAGGUGGUGGAGGACUUCAGACGGAGGCUCAAGUACUUCUUCAUGAACCCCUGUGAGAAGUACAAGGCCAGGGGUCGGAAGCCGUGGAAGCUGAUGUUACAAAUACUCAAAAUUGCAAUCAUCACAGUCCAGUUAGUCUCUUUUGGCCUCAGCAAUGAAAUGAUGGUCACCUUUAAAGACGAGAAUCUGAUGACAUUCAGACACCUGUUCCUGAAAGGAUACAAGGAUCACCGGGUGGGAAGCUACGCGCUGUACACGAAAGAUGACGUGUACGACCACAUCUACUACAUCAUCAACACGUACACCAAUCUCCAAAACCUGACAGUAGGUAACCUCGCGUACGAGAUGGUCGAUGGGGAGUACACCGCUCUGUCCAUGUGUCAGGAGUUUUACAGAAACAGCAGCAUCGACCCAGGAAAUGAGACCUUUGACAUCGAUCCACAUAUUGAAAAAGAAUGCAUUUCCAUAUAUCCCAUGCAGUCGUUCGGCAACAGCAGCGCUCUGCUGACACACAUCAGCUUCAUCUUGGAUUUCAAAAGGCUGCUAUCAGUGAGCGUCAACCUGACCCUGAAAACCAUCAAUCUGCAGACUGUGCGCCACCACGAGCUGCCAGACUGCUACGACUUCCACAUAGUGAUCACAUUUGACAACCGUGCACACAGUGGAAAGAUAAAGGUGGACGUCGAAAACGACGUGCGGAUAUACGAGUGCAGGGACUGGAACGUGGAGGGCACAUCUGAUAAAGACGAUUAUCUCCUUCUGUUCUUUGAUUCCGUGGUCAUCCUCGCCUGCUUCGCCUCUCUCAUCCUCUGCACCAGAUCUGUCGUCAACGGCGUCCAGCUCCAGCUUGAGUUCAACACAUUCUUCCACGCCUACUACAACAAGAUUGUGUCUUGGUCGGACCGCAUGGAGUUUGUGAACGGCUGGUACAUCCUCAUCAUCGUGAGCGACACGUUGACCAUCGCCGGGUCGGCACUCAAAAUCGGAAUUCAAACAAAGUACCUGACAAACUAUGAUGUCUGCAGUAUCUUGCUUGGAACGGCCACAAUGCUCGUCUGGGUCGGUGUGAUCCGUUACCUUGGUUUCUUCAAGAAGUACAAUAUAUUAAUCUUAACCCUGAGGGCGGCGUUCCCGAAUGUGAUCCGAUUCUGCUGCUGCGCCGCCAUGAUCUACCUCGGCUACUGUUUCUGCGGCUGGAUCGUCCUUGGGCCUCAUCAUGACAAAUUCCGAACUCUCGACAAGGUGACGGAGUGCCUCUUCUCCCUCAUCAACGGGGACGACAUGUACGCCACCUUCCUGAAGAUGAGAGACAGGAGCUACAUGGUGUGGCUCUUCAGCAGGCUCUACCUCUACUCCUUCAUCUCCCUCUUCAUCUACAUGGUGCUCAGCCUCUUCAUCGCUCUCAUCACUGACACCUACGAGACCAUCAAGCACCACCAGCAGGAGAAAGUGCCGGUGUCCCAGCUUCAGGCCUUCAUAGCAGAGUGCAGGGACCAGCCCGAGUCUGGAAGAUACCAGACUGACGAGGACUCAGCUUCCUGCUGCGUCUCUCCGUGCUGCUGCUUCGGAUAAACUGAGGAAAUGUGGGUUUUUUUUCUUUUUCCACAUAUGGAGCAGGAGCUGCCGCAAGAGAGUCCCAACUGUCGGCAUGGAGCUGCUGAUUAUACUGAUGCGUGACGAGAAGGAAAGAAUAUAUUUUUCCUCAAGUAGAACUUCUUUCACUUCUGUUUUUUUUUUUUUUUUUUUUUUUUACUUGACUUGUUGAGCACUACUGAUGUAAAAUGCAAAACUAAAAAGUACUAGAGUAUAAAACUAAUUAGACAGUUAACAUGUGAAAAUAGAUUUAUGGAAUUUAAGUGCUUUGUAAUGAAAAAAGCUGCUUAGUUACUGCAAAGUUCAUUAUAAGCUAUUGUUUUAUUGUAUCUUGUUGUAUUGUACAUCAUGUCUAUAGGCUAUAAUUAGAUUGACAUGAACUAUGUAGAUCACUUCAGUGGUUUGACAUUAUGUAUCUUAGUACUGUAUUUUUUUUUGUAGGUUUCGCACUUUUGACAAAGUGAAUUUUCUUUUUCGCUAAUGAUGUUGUACUAUUUAAGCCCAGUUACAGAAAAUAAAAAUGUAUAAAAACUCAGCCUUGAUGAAAAACAA